AUGAUCAUUGGCAUACUAUCAAUACAAAUGGCUGGUGCUGCAUAUUGUCCAUUGUCACCAAGAGAUCCUGUAGAUCGAUUGAAGACACUCAUCAAACAAACUAACAGUCGUCUAGUUUUUGUUCAGUCAAUGACACAACAUCUAUUUGCAUUUGCUCCUUUACUCAUCAACAUCGAUGAUUAUUUGAGAAUGGACUGUCAAGUAAACUAUUACAAUGAAGAUCACCUAUCAUGUGUACCAGUGACACCAGAUAAUCUAGCAUAUGUCAUCUUCACUAGUGGAUCAACGGGAACACCAAA